CCGGAAGCCGCGGGGCGGGCGGCGGCGCUCCCGGAGGUAGUGCGGACGUCGCGUGCGUCCGGGCGGUGCGUCGGACUGCAGGAGAAGAUGGCGGUCUCCACAGGCGUUAAAGUUCCUCGUAAUUUUCGCUUGUUGGAAGAACUUGAAGAAGGACAAAAAGGAGUAGGCGAUGGUACGGUUAGCUGGGGCCUUGAAGAUGAUGAAGAUAUGACACUUACAAGGUGGACAGGCAUGAUUAUUGGGCCACCAAGGACAAAUUAUGAAAACAGAAUAUAUAGCCUGAAAGUAGAAUGUGGACCUAAAUACCCAGAAGCACCUCCAUCAGUUAGAUUUGUAACCAAAAUUAAUAUGAAUGGAAUAAAUAAUUCCAGUGGAAUGGUGGACGCACGGAGCAUACCAGUGUUAGCAAAAUGGCAAAAUUCAUACAGCAUUAAAGUUGUACUUCAAGAGCUAAGACGUCUAAUGAUGUCCAAAGAAAAUAUGAAGCUUCCACAGCCACCAGAAGGACAAACAUACAACAAUUAAUUUUAGUGGAUUUAAAACUUGUCUUAAAUCAACAACCUUCUAUUCAUGUUAAUGUCUUGAUUAAAUAUCACAAUGCAAAAUACCCACACAUUAAGUAAGAUAAUUCCAGCUGGUAAACAUGACCUGGACAUCUGUAAGAGUAUAUUUAAUAUAUGUACACCCAUUAUGUUUUCAGGUAACAGGAGGAAAAUUCAGCACAGUUUUUUUUCUUGUUAAGGCACCGUCAUUUAAGCAUGAACCUGGAGUACUCAGAGUGGAACUCAGGUUUCCAGGUGGAAGAACAGCGAGAAGAGUCAGAUGGCUGUGCAAGCAGAUGUGUUUCUGAAGAGAAAGCUCGAGAAGGAAAACCCGGAACGGCGUGCUCUUGCUUAGUGAAAGAGCUUCCGUUGAAAUUGUCUAAAAUAGCAGGUACAAUGAAUAUUGUCACAAAAUGUGUUCAUUUUUGAAGCGGUAUAGGUGCUGACUACUAGUAGUAUCAAAAAUACGUUCAGGAUUGUUUUGAUACCUGUAUUUAUAAUAAAAUUGUUGUGGGGAGGUGGACGGAUUUCCGUUACAAGCUGUUCCUGGGUGUUCCAUGUACCAGACGCGGUGAAGAGUUGUUUACAGUCUUUGUUGGACAAACCAUGCAUUUACAUUUAAGUGAAAUCAACAAAAAGGAAAUAGAUGUAUGGAUAUGUGAUUUUGAGAUUAACGUUAGUCUUAAAUUGUAAAUAAAAUGUGGAAUGUGUCCUCAGAAACUGUGCCAUUUCUGUUAUAUUGAUGUGGUAUGUGUACAGUAACUUGCUGAGGUAGCAGAAAUUGGAAUUAUUGUAGCCUUCCCCUAUACACACCUUUUAUUAUUUAUCCUAUAUUGUAUACUUCUUGCAAAUUGGAAUUUGUGGAGUAUUUAACAGUACAGAUUACGUAAUAAGUUUAAUUUCUUGUUAGGAGAAGGAGGAAUCCCAGGUAUUAUGUUUUGAAUUUGAUUUCACCAGAAAUAUUGUUAAGAAAGAUGGUUGAGUUCUAGCAAUUUUUAUAGAAUUAGAGAUUGCAAAUUAUCCAAAUAUACGUUCCAGUUUUUCUUCAUAAUAUCUGCCCCCAGUGCUCUUAGCACUAACUGGGGUUAGUUUUUUUUUUUUUUUUUUUUCUGGGGUUAGUUUUGUUCAUUUAUCCUUCGCUUUGGCAGCUACAUAAUUCUGAAUUGAAAGUCCACCUGUGCUCUGCUUUUACCAGAGUGACUUGAGGCUUUCCGUCGCCGUUUUUCAUUUCAGAGCGCUUGGGUGUACUACUUUGUUGAAAAUACUUCUCUCUUAUGGGUUCUGUUUUCUGAAGAAAAUAGUAAGGUGGUCAUGUAACAAGGACAGAUUUCUCAACCCUGGCAUGUUUUUAUCAAGUGCAUUCAAAGUUAAAGCUGUGAGCUACCUUUUCUUGGCCAGUGAUACGGUAAAGUCAGCGGCAGUUUAUCUAAAUUUACUAAUUUCAAUGUGGCUUUAAUUAUCAAAGAUGUUUAAAGUGACACAUAGAGAAUGUAUACAUACAAAUUAGUGCAUGUGUAAUUUAUUAAAAUAGGUUUGAAAUGAACUAUUAGCUUGGCAUACAUUCUUAAAAAUUUUAAGUGGUUGAGAUUAAGUGGAAUUACACUGAUAUCCUAUGUGAGAGUGGUGGUUCCUGACAGUCUAAGUCGGUCUCUCGUGACCCCUUGCCCACUGGGAGAGUGUGUCCUGUCAUACGUGGGCGCUGGUAACCAUCUGAAUGCUGUACAUUGUUUCUACAUUGGUGGGCUGAGACCCUGGGCACCUUGACCUCUGGUCCACUCUCCUUUCCCCGCACCCACUGUUGUGAAGGACUUCCCCCGCCCACGUGUGUGUUGCCUUCGAAAUUUGUUUGAAAGGCUAGCAGGUGAGACUCUAGGGGAUGAUCAUGUAUUAAUAAAGAUUACGAAAGUAAAAUAUUUGUCCUGUUAGGUCAGUGUUAUGCUUUAAUGGUUUUAAUUACUAAUUUUCAGAAUCCCUCAUUUAAAAAAUAUUUUUUCUAGUAUUUUAAAGUAAUGGCAUUUGUUGUUACAGGUUUAUGUGUGACUUUUCAGGAUUUUGGAACAUAAACAUUUAUAAGAGGUGGUCAAUGGUAUUUGAGUCUUUUGGGUGUAAAAUUUUUUUUUAAAUUAUAAUUUUAAAUUAUCUUUUUAAAAGAAUUUACCACACUUCAAAUUUGAGUAAGUGCUUGGGGAGUGAACUAGUUUGACUUGCAUAUGGUUUAUUAGUCUGGAUUACUUAAUACCAUUCAUUGAUUUAACUGCUUCCCACUAAGUAUAUAUUGUUAUUGAUAAAUACGCAUGAAAUUCAUAUUGUUUUGAAAAUUUAGAGUACAUGGCUGGAAAAUAUCAAUAUGUUUCCCACCCUGGAUUUGGUGUGUGACCAUGUGGGCGGCUCUGGAAGACGCAUCGUGAGGUAUAGACUUCGGUCAAAGCUGUGCUCACUCUUCUCGUGGGUACACAGCCGUGCUUGCAUGUACACGUUAAAGAGUGUAAGCGCGGAUGAUACUGUCUAGUGUCAUGAAUAACAGUUUGGGGAGUUACUUAAGGAAUUUUUUCCCCCAGAUUUCCUCGGUGAGUAUAUUUUUUAGACAUAUGUGUGUAGCAUUAUAGUAUAAUUAAUUGCUGGGAAGGAUCUAAAAGGCACUGAUUUCACUUUUCUGAGAAGUAACAGUAUGAUUUUCCAGUAACAACUUGAUUGGCUUUUGGUUGUGUUCACAAAAAGAUUCCAGCUCCGAAGAUUUUGGAAAGCGUUUGUAUUUUGUAUAUAAAACAGAAACAUUAUGAAAAGCAGUGGAUGCAGCGUAUUACAGGCUUGAUAGGAGCGUUAGCAGUUAAUUCCUACCCAGUACUGUGUUUAUUGACAAGCAGAAUGUAUGGAAAUAGAAUAUCUUUUAUGCUAAAAUUAAUAUGCCUCUUUGAAGUUACUAAACAGCAGAUGGAAAUCUUAUCAUAGGUCAUAUUGAAAAUGUUGGUUAUUUUAAAAGUAUAGUGGAAUACUGAAAAUAAAAGAUACACCAUAAGUAUUUUCUGAGGAGAAAAUGAUUGAAGGUAUUUGAUGACACAGAAAAUAAAUGACAAGGCAAAACUGUCAUCCUGUGAAAUAAGGGAGUUUGAGGGAAUCAUGGAGUGAGUACGUGAUUUUUAAGAAUCACUGGAUAUGAAGAGGUUGCCCAUUGUGUUUACAUACAUCUCUAAUGGGAUAUUCUCACCUAAAAAAUUGCUAAAGGUCCUCUGCAUUUCAUUUUUACAUGUAAUCUAAAGAUCAGUACAAGAUUUCUUCUGCAACUUCAUUUAUGAAAUCAGUGAUAAAAGCCAGAUAGAUUUCACUUUCUUAACUUAGAAAGAUUCCAGGACUCAUCCUUUCCCCAGUGGGUAGCUGACCAGAUACCGUGUAAGGAUUGUGCAGUGACCCCUCUGCUCCCGAUGUAGACUUACCAUGUGAACUCUUUUAUCUUGUCUUAGUUGAGUACUGAGCAGCUGCUUACAUCUGUCUGAGAUUUUGGCAGCCAAAAGAUUAUACAAAAGUAAAGGUAAUAUUCCACCUCCAAAGGAAGACUAAUCUCUGGCACUGAGAAACCAAUAGAAGUGAGAAACCCUGUGGUCAGUAAAGAAGCAAAUCUUUGAAUUCAUUGAGAGUGAAAACUGUUUCUUGUUUGUUCAGUGCAGUUGAGUAAUUAAAAUAUUGUUCAGAGAUUAUGGGGAAACACUGAACAAUUGAGUGUGUGUAUUCUUCCUUCAUCUGAUAUAAUAGCUUUUUUUUUUAAAACAGGCUUUUAACAAUAGAUAAUUUUACAAAGUAAUCUGGAAAAUUAACAGUGUAAUGUAAAGUGAGGUUUCAACAGGACACCUACAUUAAAAUGUAGUAAAAUUAGUUAUAAUACUUAAUGUCAUGUUUUUUGGGUCCAAAGACUCUUCCAAUCAACAAGCAUGGUAAUUGUGAAUGCUUUAUUACACAGGGUGAGAUUUUAUAGCCUUUGUAGUUUGUCAGCCCUUAAUUUGAGGGAAAAAGGUAGUUUUUCUCCACAGUGGAUAACUGACAAAGAGAAAUGUAUUGUUUUACUGCUUCUCAAGCCACAUUGUCCAAAUAAGUAGUGAUUGCCAGAUGUCCAGAUUAUAUCCACUAUCAUAAAUUAUCUUUUUAUUGCUGUAAUUUAAAAAAUCAUCUUAAUACUCAAGUAAAAGUAAUUGAGUUCACAAGAAAAGUAAAAUAUCUAAUUGCCUGGGUUUCUUAAUCUUGAGUAACAUAUGGACUUCUUUAAGGAGAAAAAUAAUUCUUUUGGACUCAGUAUUGUCUUGAAUUAUUUUUGUUGAAACAUUGUUUAAUGCAUAAAAUUGUAUUAAUGCAAAUGUAUAAACUUCUUAGCCCUAUAAAAUUAUAAAGCAAAUUAACACAAUUACAUAGUAAUUAAAAUGUAAAAGACUUUAAUAUUGAGGAUGUUUUAUUGAAUUACUCUCUACUUGAAAUGUAAAUAUUUUCAUCUUGUCUUGGCUCUUUGUUGUUGCCAUGUCUAUACUAGAGUGUGUGGCUGGACCUCAGAUUUUUCUUACCUUUUUUCUCUUGCCAAACUGGUACAAAAAACCUUUGUCGUGUUAUCUGACCUUCAUUUGGUAUAAAUACAGUUCCCACAUUAGGUCCCCCUCUGUUCUGUUCUACUAACCAGAGAACGGAAAUUCCUGAGUCUUGAUUCACCUUUGAGACCACAGUUGUCUUAAACCCUUGAUUCUUGAGAAUUACUGUGAUACUCACUUUGCUGUGUUUGUGGCCCUGUAUAGAAAUAAAAAUGAUCUAUGAUUGGUGAUGGUAGAUAAGCUGAUAUAUUAGUAAGAUCAUUUUAAAUUUGGAUGACACAUUUUAAUCCAUUAGGUUUUAAAGCUUAGUGCUAAGAGGUGCUGAAUACAUUUAUUGGUUUAGAAAAUAAACUGUGGUUGAAAGUGGCUCCUCUCUCCGUUUGUGCCUCUGUACUGUCCAUCGUCCUCUGGUGAAUCUCCCUCACCUGUAAUCUCUGUAGCUCCCUUCUAUCAGCCUAUGGCCACUGCUGUUCUUAUGUUCUGUUUCUCUUGAGUGGAUCCCUUUAAACCCCUUUUCCCCAUCAUUCUGGAUGUGGUCCCCUCACAUCAGCCCCAACCAUGAAUUUGAAGACUGCUUAUGAGAGGUAGCUCGCCUGUUCGCUGUGCUCUGGCUCCUUCCUGCCUGUGCCCUUUGUUUACCACCUGUGCCCUCACUACCUGGGUCCUCUCCAACCUUCUCUAUCCCCGAUUUGCAGAUCUUCUCCUCACCUGUCACCGUUGUCCUCCUUGACACAGUGUCCUUGUGUGUGAUAUUUUUGCUUCAUUGGCCUCUGAGAGUUGAUGUCCAAGCUGCCCAUCACAGUAAUAAAAUUUUAAUAUUAUUUAUAAA